AUGUUAGAAAAAAAGUUUGCUGACAUUGACAAGAAAUUUGAGAAUGUUUUAAAUAAGAACAAGAGGAAGUUGGAAAAUGCUCAGAUAAAACCCAUACAUGACAAGUUCUUAUUUGCUCAGAAUGGUAUAACAGGUCUAAUUGCACCACCUGGGUCGGGUAAGACUUUCACUUAUCUUAAAAUGGCUGCACAACAACAAGAACUAGAUGAGAAGAACCCAUUCUAUGAGUUAGUAGUCAUUUGUAGUACUUCUGGUCAAUUUGACCAAACCGUCAAUUCGUUCAAAGAUAUUAUAAAGAAGUCUAAGUUAGUAUGUAUAAAAGACUCUGAGUUGUUAGAUUGGAUAAAGAAGUACCAAAGAAGAGUUUUGAAGUACAAUGCUAUAAAUGAGUAUGUCAAUUCGAAGUUUAAAGACCCAAAUGAGGAAAUGCAGAGAAUAUUAGAGAAGAAACACUUCAGAAACAAACAGAAAGAGAUAGAAUACAUUUCGAAGAAAUUGCAAUCUUACGAUUGGAAGACAUACCCUCACAGAUGUCUUCUUAUCUUAGAUGACUUUGCUUCUCAUCC